UCGGGCAGACCAAUAAAACCAGGGAGGCACUGUGUGUGUGUUGCAUAACUGGACUGCAGUCAGUACAGGUUCACUCCACACACUCAGCGGUUUACCUCUUCACAAUGGCAGCUCCGAAGAAAGUCUGCAUCGUGGGCUCUGGAAACUGGGGCUCAGCCAUUGCCAAGAUCGUGGGUGCCAAUGCUGAUAAAAAUGCAAAGUUCGACAAUACUGUAAAAAUGUGGGUGUUUGAGGAGACUGUGAAUGGGCGCAAACUCACUGAACUAAUCAACUCCGAGCACGAAAACGUCAAGUACCUUCCUGGACACAAGCUGCCAGCAAAUGUGCUGGCAGUGCCGGACUUGGUGGAGGCGUCCAGCGAUGCAGACAUUUUGGUGUUUGUGAUCCCGCACCAGUUUGUGGGGAAAGUAUGUGACACCAUAAAAGGGAAGAUAAAGAACGAUGCACUGGGAAUAUCACUCAUCAAGGGCGUAGACGAGGGUCCAGAUGGACUCAAACUCAUCUCUGACGUGAUCCAGGAGAAGCUCGGUAUCACCAUGAGCGUGCUGAUGGGUGCAAACAUCGCCAAUGAAGUUGCUGAUGAGAAGUUUUGUGAGACAACCAUUGGCUGUAAGAAUAAAAAUCACGGUGCUCUCCUGAAGGAGCUCAUGCAGACCAGCAACUUUCGAGUUACUGUAGUGGAGGAAUACGAUGUGGUGGAAAUCUGCGGAGCCCUGAAGAACAUUGUUGCAGUCGGAGCUGGUUUCUGUGACGGUCUGGGCUUCGGGGACAACACGAAGGCGGCAGUGAUCAGGCUGGGCCUGAUGGAGAUGAUUGCCUUCGCCCGUAUUUUCUGCAAAGAAGGGCCCGUGUCCUCAGCAACCUUCCUUGAAAGCUGCGGCGUGGCCGACCUCAUCACAACCUGCUACGGUGGACGUAACCGCAAAGUUGCUGAAGCUUUUGUGAGAACGGGGAAGUCCAUUGAGGAACUGGAGAAAGAGAUGCUGAAUGGCCAGAAGCUGCAGGGACCAGCGACAGCAGCUGAGGUCUAUCUCAUCCUCAAGCACAAAAACAUGGUCGACAAGUUUCCUCUGUUCAACGCAGUCUAUCAGAUCUGCUUCGAGGGCCACCCAGUCACAGAGUUCAUAAGCUGUCUGCAGAACCACCCAGAACACAUGUAAAGAGAACGAAAAACCCCAAAACAAACAAAACUAAAGGUGCCUUCUUAACGGAGAACACGACCCCUUUCGCAGCCGUUCAGAAAUCGAUGGAGUAGGCUGCACCGGACACACCACAGCUGUCGUGCAAGGAAAUGGUGCCAGCAAAGUGUGGCUCUUCAACUCCAAUUCAGCAAAUUCUGAAACCAAAACACUGAAUUUCCAACGUGUUAAAAGUACUUUUAUUUCCUGACGUGUACUGAAACUUGAAGGAUAACCAAUUCAUGUAAUUGUCCACUACUUUUUGCUUAAGAUGCAUGCUUUUUAUGUUUUAAAAGUAAUUAAAUCUGUCAGUUUUUAAAUCACAACACUAAUACAGAAAUUAACAUUCACGACUUCAGAAAAUGCAGGGCCAUUGCCUGCCUUCUGGAGUGGGAUUAAUCUUUAAUGUUUCCGUCCAGUAAACACCUUUCCAUCGCCACAAGUUAUUUAAUAAUAGAUGUAUUACCUCAUCUCAUCACGUCUCUGUAUGCUUUAAGUGUCUUACAUCAUUCAUUGACAUCUGCUGCCUUGUACUGUAAGUGAAAAAUACUGUCAAUCGCACAAAAACUGUUUUUAAAUAGAAAAAGCUAAUGUGCCUUAAAAUGCAUGGUUCAAGUCUUUAGCUUUUGUUUGUGGUCUGACCAAAAAAGUCAAAGGAUAAUUACGGUUUAUUUCAGAUUGGCUUAAAUUUCAUUAUGUCUGUAUGGGUCGUGCUAACAAGAUGGCUCCUUGAAGAUGUAUUAUUGCAUGAAGCUGCAGAUCUCUACUGCAGUUAGUAAGCAGGUGUUGGACAUAACUAGGCUGUCGUUGCCUUAGCUGUCUCAACAAAUCCUAAAAUCCUCCAUCAAAGAUAAUGGGCCUCACAUCAGGCAUAAUCUGCUUUUAUAAUCAGACGUUUUUCAUCAGGCGCUGCGUGUAUGCCCCCAUAAAAAUUGGGAAUUUAACAUGUCAGCUCACUCUUCUCCACAUAAAAAUGGAGCAACGGAGUACUGCCUACUUAAGCCAAGAAGAACAGAUCAUUGAGAUCAUGGUUUAAAAAUUAAAACAAAAUAAUAAUAAUACACGCUGCAAAAAGGUGUGAAAGAAGUGCUGGCAGAAAGCACUUAAAGAGUGCUUAAUUGUGAACUUCAUGCAUUUAAAUGUGUUUCCUCUGCACUAUGGAAGCUGGGAUGGGCUCCAGCCCCACUCCAAUGAGGAGAAGGGGUUAAGAAAAAUGCCAUUUAGUGAAGCGCGUCAAGGUUUAACACCAUCCUAUAAAUCAUCAGACGUGGAAUUAACGUGUGAUAAUUGCAAACUAUGAUCAAUUUUUUUGUAUUUAGAUAUAUAGCUGGACUUCCAACAAUGUCAAUAAGGACCAAGUAUAAAUUAAUUUAUAUUAUUAGCUGAAUACAUAUAAAAUCCAGUGCUGUAGCUAUAUGAGGUUAUUCAUUGGUAUAAUAUACCACAAUGGCCACAUCAAUGAGGAAACAUGCCAGGCUGAAAUGAAUCUGAAUUAAGUCUUUAAACAUCCGUCCGCUACGUCAUUUGUAGCUGUGAUCCUGCCUGACCCAGUUUUCACUCAGUUACUAAUACAUUUGAAAUCAUCAACAUUUGUCUGUGAAUAAAUUCAUUCUAGUAUCAAA